UACCUUUGUUGCAGUAUUUUAUGCAAUGAAGACUGAUGUUGCUAUUCUGUUUGUGAUUGUUUUUUUCUUAAAACAGGGUCUUGUUAGACCAGAAAUAAUUGGUGCAGUUGUCCUACCACAUGGUGGAAUAGCACUUGACCCCUCUCAUUUCAAAACCACCAACAAGACUUCUCUGGCUCAAGCAUGGGAGAUUCACAAUGCUUGUAUGAAAGCUGGCAAGCUGAUAGAGGGGCUAAAGCCAGACCUCAUCCUACUGAGCACCCCUCAUGGAGUGGCUGACCAGACUAACUUCCAGUUCUAUCUUAACUCAAAGGGUUUUGGGAGCACCGAUACUGACAACUGUGCUUGUCCCCCUUGCUGUUACAACGUCUCUGUUGACUUGGAUCAAAAUGUCUCCAAGGACCUCGUUAUUGAAUUGAAGGCUAUGAGUCGUAAUGUGAGUGGUCUGGUAGGGUUUGGAGAUGCUGUCCCCUUUCCUCUUGCCUGGGGGGAGGUCAUUCCCCUGCACUUCCUGUUGGGUGGAGCCAGAGUGGUGGUGCUCUCUCAGCCCAACAGGAGGUACACGGACAGUGUACAAAUGAUUCCUGAGCUGCUAGAGAUGGGGACGUCACUGUUCAGUGUACUUGAGUCGUCAAACCUGAAAGUGGUGGUAGCCAUCAGUGCUGACCUGGCACAUACUCAUGACCACAAUGGACCCUAUGGCUAUUCAAAUGCCUCCCAGCCAUUCGAUGAUGCCCUAGGAAAGUGGGCGGAAUCGCUUGAUUCCCAGGCUCUUUUGCACACUGCUGCUAGUCUGGUGGAUCGCGCCUUGUCCUGUGGAUUCACUGGUUUGGUUAUGCUACACGGACUCAUGGAAAGCAUAGGUUUAAAGUUCUGGACUUCUGAACUAUUAGUCAAUCACCAUCCAAGUUAUUAUGGUAUGAUAGUAGCAACAUUUCUAAAGACAGUACUAAAUAAUUAGUUGUUGUUGUGAUUGACUAUGUGCAUGUGUUAAGUGCACGUUGCCAUUUAGUGCAAGUUGUAUGUGCAGAUACCACCACAAUUCACCGUUAUAUAAUAACACAUUUCUAUUUUUCUAUUGUAGAAUGUAAUGUGAGAAUCUAAGUAUAACUGUGACACCAGAAUAAUUGGCAGUCAAUAGAUUAUCAAUACAACAACCGUCUUAGAGUAACAGUCAUGUAUUCGCCACAGUUAAUUGUGCAUGGUUAUAAUCCAUGUCAGUUAGACCACCUCAGCAGUUCUGUACUACAUUGUACCUUGCAAGGGUUUGUACGCCCUUGAUUGUACAUUUAGAUCAUUCGUGCGUGAUGCCACUCUCACACUCACUCCCACACUUCAAGGCAAUUUGGGUAUGUGUAAUUAAAUCACACCCCAUAAUUCUUGAACUAGCAUUACAGUAUGGUACGUCUAUAAUUACAGUAAACUCUCGCUGUACGGUCACCUCGAUAUACAAGUCGUUUCGUUUGGUAGCUUGAUCUUUACUGCACAAAACUCACCCUUAAAAAGCGGUGCUAUUCUGUAUACCAGCCAGUUUUGGCUGCCCCAUAGCCUCGUUCCCAGUACAAGAGCCGAUUUGUCUUUAAAAUAACGCUAGGGCGACAACUAGGCCUGGUAUUAAUUGUAUGUGGGCGUGGUUGGAAGUUGAUGGGUGUAGCCGAAAACUGUAUUGUAAAAACAUGAGAUAAAACCGAAAUUUAUGAUACUGUAUACUCCUAUAGUCCAUGCACGUAUGCUAGUAUUAAAUAGUCUGGGUUCAUGUGCAUGGUCUAUCAAUAUUUUUUAGUGUGCUGCUUUCAGUGAGCUCGUGCUCAUCAGCUAAGAGUAGUACGAUGGAUGAUCAUGGGGGCUGGAGGGAAAAUAGAGCUUCCUAUAAAAUUUAAGUGUACCAUAAAUAUUUACUGAAACUCAUAUGCAGUCAUGGUCCACACAACACCAGCCAGCAUGAGCAAAUGCCGUAACGUCAAUACUAUUAAACAAGGAUUGUACUGUGUCUAUAGCUUAGUAAAAUUUCCAAUGGUGAGAAGGGAGUUUAUAUUGGCUCACCUUGACUUGCAACACUCUAAGAUACCAGAGAUCUAUGCCUAGAGUCUUAUGGUGUAUCUAAAUUUCCCAGAACUGGUCCUAUCAACCUUGUAGUCAAUUCAUAUUAGUUAUAGGUCAUAAAUACGUCUAUAAUUACAGUAAACUCUAUUGUAAUCAUGUCAUUCAAAGGGUAGCGACUGGCCUAUUCUUUUGUGAGAGUGAUGCUUCGCACAAGAUAGCGCAUACGUAACUCGACUCCCAAACAUUUGCACACGGACAUGGGUAAUUACGGUAGCUUUUACGGAGUAAGUGUUUUUACGUACACCUUUAGUGUUGUUCACUCAGGAAUUCGCUCGUUUGAGUGAAUACCUAAGCGAAUUCUAGAUACAAUCAUACUAGGCGUUGUUGACCUAGCGUAUUUUAGAGACAAAUUGGCCUGGGAACGAGGCUAUAGCUGCCCCACAAACUUAAUACGUUGCGUUUUGGGAGAGCAUUAAUUCAUUAUCCUCGAGACAGAACUGUAAAUUAGUUUAGAUUCGAGGUAGGGACCGCUAUUUAGCUGCGGCUACUUUCUAAAAUACAACCACCUCGCUAUAUAUUUCGGCCAAGCUGUACUAUCCUAAGGGUAACCGGAUUAUAAUUUGAGUCUACUGUAUAUGCAGUAUAGUUAUAACCAGGAGUGCAUGAAUAUAACAUAACAACUCAGUUGGAUGAAUGGGCCUGUAGCCGCCUGUUUAAUAUUGUUGCUUCCCACUUUAUACAUAAAAUUGCCAAACCCUGUAAAUCUACAUGCAUGCAUUUAAUAACUACAGGUAAAUACUGUAUUAUAGCUGAUCAUAGUAGUUACACAGCAUAAUUAUACCGUGAUGUAAUUGUAUUCAUUGCAUAGAGUCUAUAGGUCUACUAGGUGUCUACACUAUUGAUAGCUAGUAAAAUUUCGCAAUCCUUUCCUAGCACCAACUUUUGUAUCCGACACUGCAAAUAGAGCAACAACACUAUACAAAAUGGCUAUGCCCCUGGUCACCCUGCCUGAUGCUGAGGAGGGUCCUAUCACUGUAACAACACCCAUUGCCGACAUCAUUCCAAAGAUCGCAGCAAGCAGUAAAUGGAGAAUCCUUGUGUAUGGUAUUAAUGAGUCUGGUCAACAAGAGGCAAAUGAGCCCCAUAUGCAUCUCCUGAGUGGUAUUCUUGGGAAAAAAAUCACUCCUGAGGAGCUAACCUUUCCGAAUUUUCACUUUCCAAGCAAUGGUGUUACGGUGACAGUCCAUAUAGGAUCUCAUUCUGAUUGCAAAAUAUCUCAUGACAAAGUUAAUUUGAUGGUGUACUUCAUCUCUGUGAAUAGAAAAAUCGUCAACCACUCCCAUGUAGUUAAAAUAGGAGAGAUCACGACUGCACGCGGAGCUAUGGUCUGGAAGCACUCUGUUAUUGUGUUUACUGGUGUUGAUGUCAUUGCUGACGCGUAUGCACUAAAGACUGGAGAUGUAGCUACACGAUUGGAGGGAAUACUGGACUCUUGGACCACUACAGUUCAACAAGCUCUUGACUCAGCAAUUGCAAACGAAGAAGUAGGUAUCAAACCAGAAGAAGUGUUGUUACGACCAGCAGGACGACAAAAUCAGCUCGAUCUACCAAUUCCACAUACACAAUGGUUUUCACUUCUUUGGUUAGGAUGCUUUCUGUCAUCUAAAGUCAACUCAACACCUGCCAUUCUAAAGGUGGCUCAAGGCAGGAUAGCAAACAUCGUGACGGAUAGUGACAUAGACCAGUUACAGCUGUUCGAGCAACAUAUUCAAGUCAAAGAAAAUAGUAUACAGCUCCCCCAGAAUAAGAGAAUCGAUCUCGGUUCAGCUAUUGCCGGUGCUGCUGUUGUUGGAGCCACAAUCGGUGCUGUUAUCGGUACAUUGGCAAUUGGUGUUCCUUUGUUUGGAGUAGCUGCUGGUACUGGGCUUGUACUGGGAGCAGUUAUUGGAGGAGGAUUUGAAGUUAGCAUUGCAGGUGCUGCUCUGGGUGGGAACUACAAGGUAGCAAAGGAUAAGCAGAUGGAAAAAAUUGAUGCUUCUGAGCUGAAGCUCUAUUACGCUGAGCUUCUAUCUCGAAUUCCAAAAAUGAGUGCGUAUCUGACAACAUGGGCUGAAAAACAACUCAAUUACAAGAUCGUUGUUACUGGUGUGAAAGGUGAAGGUGUUUCCACAGUAGCAGCUGCACUUAUAGGUAAACCACCCAGAGAAAGUGGCUCAGGUCUUCUUUAUCUGCAGCAAAUUAUCCGUAUGAAAGCAAAUCUGCUCGUUUAUGAUUUCCAGGGGUUUUCCAAAAGUGGGAGGCAAGCAACUUAAGGCAAAAGAGUUUCAAAACAACAAAAAUACUCACCUGCUAGUAUUUUGUAUACCAAUGACAUCACCAAAAGAGGAUUUUGUGUAUUCUCCACAUGUCAAGUACUUGGAGCGGCUGUGUGAAGUCAAUGACAAGAUUCUAUGCAACACAGUUAUUGCUCUCACUCAUGCAAACGAGAUGAGGGCUGAAAUGAACAAGCGAAACGAUUUGUCACAAACAAGCCUCCACCAGUUUUUCCAUGAUGAGCUCAGAAGAUGGAAGCUGCAAAUAUCCAUGGUACUUGAAAAAUACAUUCAUAUCGACAGUGAAAUCCCAAAAAAAAAUCCCAGUAGUUCCAGUUGGAAAUUCGAAGCAAGUGAUCGAUCUAUCCGAUGACGAAACUCCUUCCCCAGCCACCCAGUACCAUUGGCUUUCUGAGAUGCUUCUCCUCGCAAUGCCAGCAACAAAAGCAGAAGGAUUGCCUGCUCUUAUUGAAGCUAAUCAACAACGAAUUAGUAGCAGACUAUGUCAUUAUCCAGAUAUAAUGCUCCCGAACUAAUCAUCAAAGCCAAAUGCUCAAUGUUUUCAAAGGCUGGGGUACAAGAUAAGAAACAGCCAGGAGAGGCGAUCGGUAUCAUCCUAGGAGUUAAAGAAUUAGAACCGGAUCAAACAGAGUAAAUUGACUCAGUUUUUAGCCUAGUAUUCCAUGCAUGCGUGAUAAUAAUUAUAAUGAGUGCAGUUUUAAAAUCCAUUUGUGCCUAUAAUGAAUUAAUAAAAUUCUAGCAUCAAACUUAAUUAUUUUGAUGAUGCUAUUCACCAUCCUGUUUACCUGUGCAUAUAAUAUACCCAUAGACAAAGCACAUUGUAGUCAAAGUGUACACCUGUGCAUAUGUACCUACUGUACACAAAGCAAGAAAACCUCUUCACUAUCACGUUUAGAAUUCAUUACCUGUUACACCUACAGUACAUCCAGUCUAGAGAGUUUAAUACCAAAAUAGAUGAGUAAUUGUACUUACAACUAAGAUCUAAGAAAUUGUGCUGAUACCGAAUAAGCUACAACAUUAUUCAAAAAUAAUUAUUUUCCAAAGUUGCUGUAGUGGAAAAUCAUUUUAGGUGAAAAUGAGGGUGAUUGUAAAAAAAAUGUGUGUAACAUCAAUAAUUAUCUCCAGAAAUACCGUAUAAUGUGGUUAGUAAGUGCAUGCGCCUAUAGGGAAAAAAGCAAGCCUCUAUGCACCUAUUAACCAGAUGCACUUAUAGAGGUUAACCACGCCCAUGACGUUUCAAUAAAGCAAAUCUCCAUUAGCUGGCUCGAUCGUUGUCUAGUCAUAUCAGCAGUAACACAACUAGUGAAAGAGACUAAUUAACAUGUCUAUUAGUUAUGUGUUUUAGAACACUUAUAUAGACUUGGUUGUUUAGUUACCAUGGUUUGUGUUAUGGAUAGUUAAUGAUCUCUGUACAGUUUCCUGGAGCAGAGCCUCCCUUAGUCUUUUGUUCUGUACAAUAGUUCUUUGUUGUAAAGAGGCCCUGCGCGUCUCUCUGUACUACACCCUGCAUGCAUGUUCAGUUCUGUCAGUUGUUCUCGUUGUUCUCAUUGUUCUCUAA